AAUCAAUCAAUUGGGCAUAUCGCAAACAGUUCCAGACUUCCAAAGGCAUCGCAGGUUUCACAAUUCAAACGAGCUGUUGAGUUACAAACCAGAUAGAUGAAACUGCACAAUACGAUGAAAGUGGCUCUCGUAUUCGUAGCCAUAUUCGGGUUGGCAUCCGCUCAGAGAGAUGAUUCACUGAAGGUGGUAGAGACGAUGGCCCUUCUACCCGAGGCCUAUCGUGAGCUGCAGAAAUUUGUAGUUUCUGUCGUAGCAGAUGCCAAACACAACAGCUCUGACGUGAUCUACGAAUUCCACAGGGAGGUGUACCUCGCGAAAGACACUUUUCUGCGAUCGGCCAUAAGCCUAGAAAUGAAUACUUUGUACCAUCUGAACAACCAACCACUGCAGGUGGAUGCAAGCUGUUUGAGUCUCCUACGAAGCAGCGCAGAUUUGAAUCUUCAAGUGUCUGGCGUUGGUUUUACGAACUGUAUCCUUGACGUCGAUGCACGAUUAAACGCCGAAAUUCAGCAAGUGUUCAAUCAACUUCAACUGAAUGAAUCCGCUUAUAUUCAGUUCAGUCUUUAUGAUGCCUUCGCGGGACGAAACAUUUUCCAAAACCCUCAAGACAUUAACGAUCAGUUAUAUCUCAAGCUGGCUCAGUUGCAGCAAACUCCGACUGAGCUCGUUACUCAAUUGAGUGCUCUUGUCACAGAUUUUCGAACACGAUUGGAAGUGGCUCGUGCUACCUACCGACAGUGCUUAACGGUUAAUAAUCAGGUGUUCCAAACGGCUGUUGAUUUGAUUUUGAUUCAACUACAACAAAUCUGCAAAGGAUCCCUUGUUGCCUCACCGACUUUACCAACAACACCGGCGCUUACAACAAUCAUUACCACACCACCAUUCGAAGUAGUUCCCACAGAGCCGCCAACAGUACAGCAGGAUGAGUACGUGCUGGGUUAAACUUCAAUGUAGAAGUGAUCGAAAUAAUAUAGUUUAGUGCAUUUUGUAGAAUACAUAUGAAAAAACUUCAAAUAA